CAUUUUUUUCCAUCCUCUUCCUUCUCCAGUCUCACCCCUUAAAAAAAAAAAAAAAGCUCCAAGAAUGACAGACUUAUUUCACCGCAUCACCGACCGCCUUGCGCCUUUUUUCACGCCUUGGAGUCGCCGGACGCGCUGUCAAGAUCUCUAAAAAGCUGUCUGCAUCUCUCUCAGACUCUCUCUCUAUCUCUCUCUCUCCCUCUCUUUCUCUCUCUCUUUCUCUCCUGCAACCUAAUGAAUGCUCUCCCAUGGAGGUAGUACAACCACCUUGGGGACCGACCGACCAGAGAGGUGAUUUUUCCAAGCAAGAGGAGCCCGUCAGCAAGAGACGCAUCGGGUGAAAUCGGAGCUCCCCCCCCCCCCCAACACCACCACCCCUCCACCUCCCUCCUCUUCCUCCUCCUCCUCCUCCUCCUCCUCCUCUCUCCAUCUCCACCGCACCCCCGCCAGUUUGCUUGGCUCGGGUUGAUCUACAGUAGCCUACAUGGGGAUAUAGGGGGCUGGAGGAAAACCUUGUUGCGCCCCUAGAACUGUCUGCUGUUCUACUACAGCUGCUGCUGGGAAGACUGCUUGUCUCCUUCCAUGUCUCACCAAUGCUGCCCCGUGUCUCCAGAGGGAGCCGCAUUCAUUACCACCUCAGCUUUGGGUUACUAAAUGGUUUACUGGGGGAGGAUUUCUAACCGGCGAGAUGCUGCUCGUACUCCUGCUGGCAGCCUUUUCUUCCUCCAUCUCCGGCUCCCUCUCCUCCUCCCUCUCCUCCCCCUCCAUGUCGGACGGACCCCAGACGGCGGACCCGUCCGCCUCGGACCUGAUGGCCGAGACCUGCAGCGCCUGCUCCUGCAUGUCGGUGGAGAACGUGCUGUACGCCAACUGCGAGAAGAUCACCGUCUACCGGCCCACGCAGCUCAUCCCGCCGGCCUCGUCCCUCUACCACCUGAACUUCCAGAACAACUUCUUGAUCAUACUCUACCCGAACUCGUUCCUCAACUUCACCCACGCCGUGUCGCUGCAGCUGGGGAACAAUAAACUGCAGAACGUGGAAGGCGGAGCGUUCAUGGGGAUGAGCGCGUUGAAGCAGUUGCACCUGAACAAUAAUGAGUUAAAGGUGCUGCGAGCGGACACUUUCCAAGGGAUAGAGAACUUGGAAUACCUUCAGGCUGACUACAACUUGAUCAAGUACAUCGAAAAGGGAGCGUUUAACAAACUGCACCGGCUAAAAGUGCUCAUCCUGAAUGAUAAUCUCGUACAGGCACUUCCUGACAACAUAUUUCGCUUUGCCUCGCUCACACACCUGGAUAUAAGGGGGAACAGGAUCCAGAAACUUCCUUAUUUGGGGGUUCUUGAGCACAUUGGGCGCAUUGUAGAGCUUCAGCUGGACGACAACCCCUGGAACUGUACCUGUGAUUUAGCACCUCUCAAGGCAUGGCUUGAAAACAUGCCCUAUAAUAUUUUUAUCGGCGAGGCCAUAUGCGAAACACCGAGUGACUUGUAUGGGAGGCUCCUGAAAGAAACCAACAAACAGGAGCUUUGUCCCAUGGGAACAGGAAGUGACUUUGAUGUUCAGAUGCCGCCCGCGCCACCCGAUAACGGGUCGCCUUCCAAAAUGUCCCCAACCACUGUGGCUCCCGCAGCCACAAAAACGCCAAAAACCACGGACUCAUCGAAGAUUUACGGUAAUGGUAUUGUGGCCGGUUUGCCCCCUUUUGGAGGAAUAAACCAGAUUGUUUCCUAUCGAACACAGACCCCUCCUUUGUUGUGUCCACAGCCCUGCAGCUGUAAAGCCCACCCCUCUGACUUUGGCAUCAGCGUCAGCUGUCAGGAGAGGAAUGUUAAAAGUUUAGGUGAUCUCAUUCCCAAACCCCCAAAUGCCAAGAAGCUUCACCUGAGUGGAAAUUACAUCCGCGACAUAAGCCCGGCUGAUUUCCAAGGGUUUGAGGGCCUAGAUUUGCUACAUCUUGGCAGCAAUCAAAUUGUCACAGUCCAGAAAGGCGUGUUUUCUAACCUCACUAAUCUGAGGAGACUGUAUUUGAAUGGAAACCAGCUUGAACAGUUACACCCGGAGAUGUUUUUGGGCCUCACGAACCUACAGUAUCUAUAUUUGGAAUACAAUGCCAUAAAAGAAAUCUUAGCGGGUACAUUUGACUCCAUGCCGAACCUCCAACUCCUGUAUCUCAACAACAACGUUCUGCGGAGUCUCCCCGCCUAUGUGUUUGCGGGUGUGUCUUUAGCCAGGCUGAAUCUGAAAAACAACCACUUCAUGACCCUACCAGUGAGUGGUGUCUUGGACCAGCUGCGAACAUUGACCCAGAUAGACCUAGAAGGGAACCCGUGGGAGUGUUCCUGCGAUCUUGUCGCCCUCAAACUCUGGCUCGAGAAGCUAAGUGAUGGAGUGGCUGCCAAAGAGGUGAAAUGUGCCUCCCCUGUGCAGUUCUCCAACAUCGAGCUGCGUCUCUUGAAAAAUGAGAUCCUGUGCCCUAAGCUUGUGCCGAGACCGCCGUUUAUCCUCACUAGCGCCACCCCUGUUUUGACCUCAGUGUCGCCUGCCGGAGUCGGCAAAGCACCGCCGGGAGGGCCCGUGCCUCUCUCCAUCAUGAUCCUCAGCAUCCUCGUGGUGCUUAUCCUCACUGUGUUUGUGGCCUUCUGCCUUCUAGUUUUUGUCCUGAGGCGGAAUAAAAAGCCACAGGGCAGGCAGGAGGGGCUCGGGAAUCAGGAGUGCGGCUCCAUGUCGUUGCAGCUCCGCAGGCACAGUCACAAAUCCGGCAAAAAGGGCUCCAUCCCAGGGGACGACUUGGGAGGCGAGACGUUCAUCCCCCAGACCAUCGAGCACAUCGGCAAGAGCCACACCUGCGGUAUUGGACGCUCCUCGGACAUGGACGCCGGGUUCAAGUUCGCGGACUCGCAGAGGCAGAAGAUCAUCCUCCGGAACAGCGCCGACAAGGACAAAGACUCGCUCUCCACCCUGGAGCGCAACAAACGCCUCAGCACCAUCGACGAGCUGGAGGAGUUCCUCCCCCACCGGGAGCCCAGCAUGUUCAUCCAGAACUUCCUGGACGGCAAAAGAGAUUUCAACAGCAUAGGGAUGGGCGGGUACGAGAUCCGCUACCCGGAGAAAACGCUGGAUAAAAAGAUGAAGAAGUCGUCGCUGAUAGGCGGGAACCACAGUAAGAUCGUGGUGGAGCAGAGGAAAAGUGAGUAUUACGAGCUGAAAGCCAAGCUCCAAGGAACGCCUGAUUACCUGCAGGUGCUCGAGGAGCAGACUGCGUUGAGUAAAAUGUAGGGGAUGUUUGAUUUAGUGCAUUGAUUAACACGCACAUACACAUGGAAGUCAGACACGCAUACAGGCAGACAGACAGCCAAACACAUCUGCCUUUCUCUGGUACUUUCUUUCUCCCCCCUCUGGCCACACACACCAUUCAACCCCCCCAAGAUCUCUCGCUUUCUGUCUUCAUCUCCCUCUCUGCAGCCACACACACACACACACACACACACGCACACACACACACACACACGCACACACACACACACACACACACACACACACACACACACACACACACACUCCCACACACAGCGAAAAAGUGCCUUCUGGAAAUCCUUAAUGACCAAUGCAGAGAUGGACAAAAUGGCUCCACACCACAAAAAGCUAUUACUAGAAUCAGCGUGGAUCUAUUUCACAGUAAAAGACCUUUUGGAUUAUCCAUGCCACUACAUGUAUGAAUCCCACAUACAUACCACAGGACACCCUAAAAAAGCAACCAAACAGUCAUAGUAUUUUUUUGCUGCUAUUGAAAUUGGGUACUUAUUUUAGUUUUUUUCUUCUUUCUUUUUCUCUCUUCCUUUUGUUUUCCCAACCAAAUCAAAAGGGUGUUGAAAACUUGAGAAUAUACCUCGCCGUCUUCAACCCUUGUUUAAAAAAAGAGAAAAAAAAAAGAAAGAAAAAGGGGAGGGCACAUCGUCGGUUGUUGUUCUUUUCGCUCUGGAAGGUAUCCAAAAUCACCGCUUCUGGGAUGAGAUUAACAGAGUUGGUGACUCAAUGGAUGCUACUUUUUUUUUUUUUUGUAUUUGCGGGGAUAUCUGUUUGUUCUUGGGGAUGCCCUCUGGAGUCGGCUGCAGACUCUCUGCCACCUUGUCUGGAUUACACACCAGUAGCAGUGCACCUGCUCUUUGCCGGGUAGGAGGCUAAAACGGCUCCCGUUUAGGGCAUCGCAAAACUCUUUUUUUGGGGUGGGGAAUGAUUUCCUGACUCGUUCUCUUUGUGUACGGAGCCAUGUUAAAUAUAGUGUCUUCUGAAUGGAGUUGUGUUUCUCUUCAAAAAUUGCUACUUACAGUACCUGUAUGUUUUUGGGUGAAAUCUAAAACGGCACACACACUGUCAGAGGACGUUGUUUCUGAAAAAUGAUAAAAACCCGAGGAUAAAAAAAAUUUACAAAGCUGCUUGCCAUGUAAGCGUAAACCUGGAAUUUAUUUUGUAAGUCUUACAUUAUUUGUAUCUGUGGGACUGGUUUGUAAAUUACACGAAAGGACACACACACACACACACACACACAAACACACACACACACACACACACACACACACACACACACUGUACGACGGAGCAUCAUCAUCAAGAGACUACAAGCCAGAAUUGUCAAACGAACCGCUAAUAUAAUUCAAUCGGUGAUCCACCUCCCCCCUUGUCAGCUCUCAAUUCGUAGUAAAAAGAAUUUAACAACAUAGUUAAUUUAUUUUUCUAUGCAGGAUUAUUUAAAGAGUUAUUGGUAUUAUUUAAAAAAAGAAUAAUACACAAAGAGUGGAAAAGGACUUGAUAGAAUGAUGCAUCAGAGCUAAUUCAGGCCACCAGAAGAAGUGAGUGUUGAGUUGAUUCAAGGGUUCUUGUUUCUCGCCGGAGAACUUGACCCGCUGGACGCAAGGGGUUGUGAAAUGUGAUCUGUGAUGUUUCCUUUUUAUUGUGUCGCACGACGAGCCGAGGCCUGAUAGAAGUCUGUGCAGUUUCAAGCAGUUUCCUUAUUCUUAUAUCUCCCACAGUAUCUUGUAAAAGGUUUUUCUUAUUAACAUUAUGCAACCAAAAUAAAUGUGCAUUAAACUUGAUAUGGUUCCAGAAUUGUUGGGAUGGUUGAAUGGAGAUGUGUGCGGGGUUUGGGGAGGGGGGGGGGGGGGGGGGGGGGGGGGGGGGGGGAUGAAGAAGGCAUCAAAUUGAAGCUCUAAAUUGUUAGAUCUGGGCAGAAUCGUAUCAUAAUGUGCAAUAUUAGUAAAAACAUGCUCGGUCAUGAUGGCUUGGAAAUGAUUUUGUUUAAUUUAUUUAGUUUGAGGUUAUAUUGUCAAGACAGGUUCUAUUUCGGAAAUUCUUUUAUCAACUUAACUCUAUCCGGUCCUUAUUUAAAAAAAAGUAUUGUUACGUUGAAAUUAUGAGUGUUUAUUGACAUUACAAAUGAAUAGAAUGUAUCUUGGAAAGUAUAAUAAAUACAAUUUUUCUAUCGGUCAUAAAUCUCCUGUAUAUUGGUUAAUUUUCUCUUGUAUAAUCAUGUUGAAAUCAAGGUAUUAAAAUCAGCACCUAUUUGCA